ACGGAGCCCCGCGUUGUGGAGGAGAAGCCAAGAUGGCCGAGGCGGAGGGAAGUAGAAGCCAGCUGGGCGCGCUGCUUAGUGGCGUCGCUCAGGAAAUCUUUUACCGAAACAGCGACGUGACGGAGGAGGUGUUGAGAAGCGAACUUUACCCCGAGGCCACACGGCAAGACUUCAAGGCUUUGUACGACAAAAUGAAGGCGCUACUGAAGUCGAUGGCCGCGGCCGACAUGGACCACGCCCAGCUGGAGGCCUUCCUCACCGCCCAGACCCGCAAGCAGGGGCCGGGCGGCGUCGCCCCCGAGCAGGCAGCCGCCCUGGCCCGCUUCUGGAAGAGCCAGCGCGGGCGCGUCCGCGAAAGCCUCCUGACGCACGGCCGCUGGGAGCCUUCCCUCAGGGGCCUGUCCUGGAGGCUGGACCUGCAGACGGCAGGCCGACACGAGGGGCCGAGCCCCGGCCAGCCCCUGGCCCUGCUGGAGCUGGAACUGGGCCGCGGCGAGCAGGAGUCGGACUUUGUGUGCGUGGAGAUGGAUGAGCACAACGUACAGUGCGUGCUGAACAAGAUGGCUGCCAUCCAGGACGCCAUCGACGCCGUCGUUCAGCGCACUUGACGCACUCCUUGCGCUGACGCAGGAAGUCAGAGCCCGGAAAUUCCUUUUUUCUUUUUUUUUUCACCAGCGUGCUUCCAAAAUGGCCCCCGCGUGUAUUCAAAUCCAAUCUGGCCGCCACUCUGCUCAUCAGAUUUGCUUUGACGUCCAAAGGAGCAGAAGACCAAGUCGUGGAGCGUGCGCCGGGUGAGCUCUCGGCGUUCGGCCAAUCGGGCCGUUUGAGUGGCGUCGCUUCAAUAAAGCAGCCGGUCGAGGGGCACAAAUAGACGAACAGACUGAUCGGCAGUCAUUUCCGAUCAUCACGAUGGACAAUUUAGCGUUUUGAUGGAAACCGCUCUGAACUUGUUGACUGGGAGCUAAACGUGCUGCCUGUGCUAGCUUGAGCUACAAGCUUGUCGUCCUUUUGGGAUUUUUGUCUUUUUAAAAAUUUUUAUUU